CACAAACACACACGUGCACACACACACGUCCUCCAAUCUGUGUUGUUUUGAACCACACUCCUUCAUCUGCUGUUAUCAGGGCUGAUGAGAGCUCCUUGUCUGUCUGGGUCUUCUGCAGCUGCUGUGUGAGACGCAUUCCAGCUGUGGCAUGUCCGCAGUCCGGCAUCCAGAGCCAAUUCAAAACUCGUGUGCUUGUGUAAUGGUUUAAUCAUCAUGAUAUCUGCAUGGCUGCCAGUGAUUGUAAUGCUGGUGGUGCUCGUGAAGGAAGUGAAGAAUGAGGACGUCAGACGGCCGUGUGCCCAUGUCCAGACACCCAGCUCAGUGGUGGCACUGGGGUCACCGGUCACAGCCACCUGCGUCAUCAGCGACAACUGCCUUCAGGCCAUUGGACAAGCUGUUCGUGUAGAGUGGCGCCUCGGCGGUCGCUUACUUCCCAGCAGCCCCGCGGCCAAUCAAAGCAACGGGGUUUCUGAGGUGGUGAUACCGAGCUUCAAUCACACCAGGGCCGUCCUGACCUGCUGCGUCCAGACCUCACCCCCUCAGGUCGUAGGAGGAGUGGAGAUCAGAGCCGGAUAUCCACCAGAAGCACCACAGAACCUCAGCUGUCAGACUAACCUCACCAGCCCGGAAACCCUGACCUGCAGCUGGGCCGCUGGGCAGCAGAACCCCCACCUCCCCACCCAGUACACCCUCCACACCGAGAUAUGGGAUUCAGACGCGAACUUUACCUACAAGCCCCCGACGGACGUCCACCACUUCACCAUCCCUCGCUCCGGCUUCGUCCUGUACUCUGAUAUGAAAAUUUAUGUGAAGGCUUUGAAUGAACUUGGAGAGGCGACUUCAGAGCCCGUCGUUAUCGAGCCCAUCAGUGCAGCUAAGUUUGACCCACCAAGUAUUCUGAAGGCGGAAGCUGUGCCCAAAAGAUCCGGUUGCCUGAGGCUGAGCUGGAGGUUAUCCCAGCACCAGGUCUGGAUGCUUGGCUUCCACCUGAACCUGGAAGUCCAACUCAAGACUGAUGAGAGCCAUCAAUGGAGUGGACAACCAAUCCUGGUGAGCCGGGUUAAACAAACCAGACCUUUGGACCAGUGCCGCCUGCUCCAUGGGACUCGGUACUGUGCCCAGAUUCGAGUCAGAUACCAGCAGAGCCCCUGGAGCGAGUGGAGCAGCAGCCAGUGCGGAGUCACCUUGGAGACCGCUCCCACUGGACGCCUCGACUGGUGGAUGAAGCUAUCAGGGGAUCCCAUGCACAAACAACUCAGCAUACACCUGUUUUGGAAGCCAUCAAAACAAUUCCGUGCUAACAGCCAAAAUGUGUCAUACAUCGUCUCGGUGCAAAAAGCGCCGGGUGAAAAGGGGAAACAGUGCGCUACGACGGGGAGCUACUGUACUUUCCAGCUUCCUGGAAAAGCGAAGAGAGUCUAUCUGAGCGCUGUAAACGCAGUCGGGAAAUCCCCCCCCACUGAGGUUCGCAUUCACAAACAUAAAGCUCUUACAGGGGUAUCAGACAUCUCAGCCGUUCCUCAGGAUGACUCAGCCUUUCUGGUCCAGUGGAAAAACAUGAAUAUCUCCGGUAUCGUUGGUUAUGUGGUUGAAUGGAGACCUCUGUUAACAACAGACCUCUCCCUCACCAAGUUUGAAAUGGCAGACAGAAACCAGUCCAGCCUCAUUAUUACAGGAAGCUUUGAGCCCUACAAGCCCUACGGGAUCUCUGUGUAUCCCAGGUUUAAGGAUGGGAUCGGCCUUCCUCAGACUGUUAAUGCCUACUCAAGACAAAAGGCUCCGUCCAUGGUUCCAAAAAUACACAUUAAAAAGAUGUGGCACUAUAUUGAGCUCACCUGGGAUGAGAUACCAUUAGAGCAAAGAAAUGGAAUCAUCCAGAGCUACAAAGUGUUCUACUGGGACCAGAAGGGUCCCAUUAAUGUUGUGAAUGCUGACCCGCAGGAGAGAAGGGUGAUCCUGAAAGACCUCAAAGCUGUGACUGUGUAUGACGCUUUCAUGAUGGUGAGCACGGCCGGUCGUUGCCUGAACGGGUCGAGGAUUCAAUUCGAAAUCGAACCAUUUGAUGCUGUGACCAUUGCGAUGAUUUUAAUUGCGUCUGGUGUUGGACUCUCACUUCUGAUCAUUCUCACAGUCCUGACUUGUUUCUCCAACCACAAAAGGCUGAAGGGGCAACUUUGGCCGAUUGUUCCUGAUCCUGCUAAUAGCAGCAUUAAGAGAUGGUCAUCAGAGACAUCACAGUAUAUUCAUCCUGACAGUGACAAGCCCAAUCCAGUUUACCUGUCCCACCUCAGUUUCCUUGACCUCCCAAUGAAACUAAACAAAGACGAGGAUGAUCAUUGGCUGAGCAGCACAGAGGACACCAGUGACCUGGGAGAGUCCAUUUGUGGUUCACCCUUCAUCCCUGGAUAUACGGGUUCGAACAGCGACUCUGUUCCCUAUGCCACUGUGAUGUUCCCUGACCCAUGCAGCAGCCCUCCGCCCAAAGAGCCAAACGUCUACCUGCGCUCUGAGUCCACACAACCGCUCCUGGAGACCGAGGAGUCCUUCAGUCCUGAAUACUACCAGAAUAUGGCGACUGAUGGGACGCCAAGGGAGCAGUGUUUCUUUGGUCCAGGGCAUGAUUGUGUCGUCGAAGAAGGGGUGGACCCAGUUAUCAUUUGGGACGACUUUCCUUUUCUGCGAGCAUUAGCUAUGAAUGAUAUGAAUGAUACUCAAAAUGACUAACAGUCAUUUUUUACUGAUAAUAAGAAUAACUGCUUUGCCAGAUAGCCGUGUUUUUGUAAUCAGUAGAUUGUGUUAGACCAGGGGUGUCCAAACUACGGCCCGCGGGCCAUCUGCGGCCCGCCAUCCAUUUUAAAUUGGCCCGCCUCAAAAAAAUUAAAAAUUUAAAAAUUUAAAAUUAAAUUUUUUUUUUUUUUUUUUUUUUAAACUAACAAUUUAGUAGCACUUAAAUGGCACUUACUUAUAGCACACUUAAUGUAGUUUUGCUCUAUUUUUGAAGAAAUUGUACUUUCUUGAUUUUUUUUGUUCUGGGUUUGUACCCUCGGGUACCCUUGAAUGCACUUAUUAUAAGUAGCUUUGGAUAAAAGCGUCAGCUAAAUGUAAUGUAAUGGACUAUGGCCCACUGUAUUGUACUUCUCAGUUAACACCGUUACGCCCCCCCCGCCCUGAGCGACACGAUUGUCAACAGUCCGCUCCAGGGCAGGGGGGCGUGGUGACGUGAGUGGCCCAGACCUUCGUAUUUUUUUCUGUAUGUGGCCCUCGGGAUAAAAAGUUUGGACACCCCUGUGUUAGACAGAUCCUUAGUAGCAUACAGCUGUGAAUAAAUGUUACGGAAUGCUGAAAAUUAAACUGAUGUUGAAUGAUUAUGAAGCCGAUGUUUUAGCUGUACAACAAUAACGCCUCUUUUAGAAAUCUGUUUUUUUACCAAAAAAUGUAAUAACAUUGUUGAGAUGACAUUGUUGUGGUUAAAUAAAAGAGGAAGACAUUUUAUUUUAUGCUGACUGUUAUAUCUGAACAUGUUUACCCCAAGUGCUACCAGAAAACCAGUUUCCUGUAGCAAAUGGAUGGAAAUUGAAAUGGAAGUGGAGCUGCCGGUAAAAACACGGUGAAGUAAAGACAAAUGUUCACUCGACAAAGCAGCCUGAGGUGAUUUCAGGGAAAGAGAGACACUUUCUAGGAAAUUGAUUUGAGACCAAAUUAGUGUCACUCAGGUUUUUUUUCAUUUUCGUUUCCUUUUUAUUGAAACAUGUCUGAAGUUCUCAAAUCAACUCGAUUAUGAUCCUUAGGGUAAACCCUGAUGUUAGUGGUGUAACUAUUAUUUACUCAUAUUUCAGAGUAACCUCAAAUGCUAUAUACCUCAAUUUAUUUGUCAUUUCAUAGGCCAAUUGAUGUAAAUAUGUCAAUUUUGUAAUGUAAACGUAUGUGAACGUGUAACAGCCUGUUAUCAGCUAUAAAUUAAUAAUUUCUCACUGAUAUUUUUAGAUUGAUUUUAAUAAAAAACACAUCUCAACC